AUGGCAGAGCAGCAAGUGAGGAAGCUGUGGGAAGAACAUCCAGAGCUGAAGGGGGAAGACAUGGGAAAAGAAGCCAUGAGAGGACCCGAGGCGGAUGUGAGGAGCAUACCAGCAGAGGCGGCGUGUAACCAGGGGCAAGGUGACCUAUGGGUCGCUCUAUGGGAAGGUCUGGUGAGGGACCCGGCCAAGAAGCAGGAAGAAGCAGUGAGGGAGAGCAAGGAAGAGGGGGAAUGGGAGUGCCUGACAACAGGAGAAGGACUGGAGCAUACAGUGGGAGAUGCGAUGAGUAAGAAAGAACAAAAGGCCGUGAAGACAGUAAAGGGGAUUAAGGGAGAGGCAUGGGAAGAUGAGUCGAUGGAGCCAGCAACACAGGUGCUGAUAGAACCAGCGGGAAUGAGAGAGAUUGCACUGAGCGAGAGGCAGCACGCGUGGGUGGCAUACGACGGCACAUCCCAGUCACUGGAGGUCUAUCUGGGCGGCAGCGACGGCAUAAAGCCCGAGGAGCCGGUGCUGCGGGCGUCGCUUGAUCUUGUGGCUGUCAUUGGUGCCACGUCAGCAUCUGUGGGGUUCACAGCUGGCACGUGGUGGUGGGGAUGUGGCGACACGGACGACCACCACCUCAUCCAUUCCUUCGCAUUCAACACUGAUUCUGGCUUUGAACAUAUCGUCGUCCUUUGCCUCCCUACCCUCCCCCUUGCCCACACACCUCCCCAGUGUCCCCUGGGUUCCUGCCAGCAGCAUCACCCACCUAAAUCCCAGUCGAACCCUCAUUUCCCUCCCCCACUCUCUUUUUACCCCGACCCAUCCACCUCCCCAGUGUCCCCCGGGUUCCUGCCGGCAGCACAGCCCACACAGGCGCCCACCUGCGAAACCACCGCCUCCUCUCUGCACUGCACUGGCUUCGCCGGCUCCACCCCCUUUGACCUCAAUGGCUACGCGCAGCUCGGCCCGGCGCCGCACUUCCCGCUCUGGCUCGACUCGUAUGAUUCUGUCGGCUCUGCGCUCUCCCUCGCGCCCCUCUCCCUCCUCACCGCUUCCGCCCGCUCCUCCGCCUUUGAAGCCGCCUUCUCCUUCACCUUCCUUGCUGAUGCCUGCGCUGCUAUCCCGGUGACGGGUAGAGGAUUCACCUUUGUGCUCACCAGCGGCCCAGCAACUGCUGUCGGACCACAAAACGCAAGUUCCCUGGGCUAUGGGUCAGCAGGAGGCGCGUUCCUCAAGAGUGUGGCAGUGGAGUUCCGCCUGUGCCCCAUACCCUGUAUAGCCGUCUCCUCUAAGGGAGUCGUGGCGGGAGACGGUUGUGCUGGAGCCGAGUUCUACACUGUUCUGCCCCCAGAGAAGGCCUUCCCACUCAACACCCAGCAGUACGCCUGGGUGAGCUACGAGGGGGCCUCUCAGACCCUCAACGUGUUCCUGGGGGGAUCGUCCAAGGUCAAGCCAGGUGUACCAAUGCUCACUGCCCACGUGGACAUUGAAACCAUCCUCGGCGCCACGUCAGCGUCUGUGGGGUUCACAGGUGGCACGUGGUGGGGGCAGGACAUGGCGAGUGAACGACACAUCAUCCACCAGCUCAGCUUCGUGGGAGGAACUUUCCUGGAAACGACCAACGUAACGGCAGAGCUGACGAGCGCCUUUGCAUACUCCAACGAAACGGAUCUUUCCCUCUUCACCACCACCACACCCUUCACCACCACUCCCACCACCACCACCACCGACACCACCACCGCCACCACAACCACCGCCACCUCUUUCUCAUCUACCGAUGCUCUUGCCACCACCGGAACAGCCGGGGGGGCGGCGGUGCUGUCAGAGUUGUCUCCCGAUGCCACGCGCGGCACAGUGGAGUUCCGCUUCACCGCCACCACCGCCUCGGGGCCGCAGUCCUUUGUGGGGCGCCGCCGCAUCGUUGCUUCCCGCCCCGUGGUGCGGGCACAUGUGUAUGUGUCCAACAUGGAGGAUCGACCCAUGGCUGACGUGGCAGUGACGGCACGCAUCACCUACCCCAACGGCACCGACGCCUCGCACUGCUUCGUCUUCAGCGACCCGCUGCUGCAGGGGAUUGACGACGUCAGCGGUGCAGGCACCCUCCCUCCUGCCACAUCAGCGGGCGUUGAUUGGCUGCUCCUCGCUCUGGACUGCGCCGCGCCUGCCACUCCCACCAACUUCAAGUUCGCCAGCACCCUGCACUACGUCCUGCCUGCAUCAUCAUCCACGUCAUCAUCCACUGCGACUGCCACGUCAGCACCAGCAUCCGAACCAGCGCCAGUGGUUAAGAAGGUGGAGCUGACGAGUGUGCGAGUGACGGUGGUCCCUUCACCCAAGCUGCAAGUGCACUACUUUGUGCCCCGCCACGUGCAAGGAGACGACCUCACCACUCCUCAGAUGGAGGCACCAGUGCCAGUGACGCUAGCAGCACUCUUCCACAACUCGGGUCACGGCACAGCUGCUGCUGUCGCCACACAGUCACUGCUGCCCACCGCUGCCACCACCACCACCACCACCACCACCACUGCCGGCGCACCCGCCGCUGCUGACGUGGGCACUACUACUACAACGGCCCAUCCCCCCUCUCUCUCUACGGUGGGAAGCAUCCCUCCAUCUGCUACAGCCAUGGUGCGCUGGACCAUAGAGGCCAGCCUCCAUCUUCUCUUUCUCACCCACCCUCCUUUCCUCCAUCUCUCCCCCCACCCCCUCCUCCCCUCUCCUCUUCUCCCCCAGGUGGGCAGCAUCCCUCCAUCUGCUACAGCCAUGGUGCGCUGGACCAUAGAGGCCAGCCUCCAUCUUCUCUUUCUCACCCACCCUCCUUUCCUCCAUCUCUCCCCCCACCCCCUCCUCCCCUCUCCUCUUCUCCCCCAGGUGGGCAGCAUCCCUCCAUCUGCUACAGCCAUGGUGCGCUGGACCAUAGAGGCCAGCCUCCAUCUUCUCUUUCUCACCCACCCUCCUUUCCUCCAUCUCUCCCCCCACCCCCUCCUCCCCUCUCCUCUUCUCCCCCAGGUGGGCAGCAUCCCUCCAUCUGCUACAGCCAUGGUGCGCUGGACCAUAGAGGCCAGCCUCACAGGCACAUUCGAUACAGUCACCACCACCAACACCACCACCUCCUCCUCCCCACUCACCGGCCUCUCCCCCAUUCUCGAGUCGGUUGACAUUCACAACCUCGUGCACGUCGUCUAUCUGCCCGACGCUGCUUCAGACGACGGGCUGCCGGAUUUCCUGGUGGACGACAAUGGGGACGAGCAGCCGGAGGCCAUCUACAGCAGCGCUGGUAACCGCGUGCUGCCCGUAACCGCCGUGCCUUCCGCUGCUCUCGCGCCUGGCCGCCUGCUCUUCACCAGCGAAACCCGCGCCAAGCUCACUGUCGCUGUGGACUGGUCUGCCUUCCCACCAGCGGCAGCAGGAGGGUGGGCGCACAUGUCAUUUGCCUCGCAGCUGCCAUCGCACUGCUGGAAUCUCACCGCUGCUCUCCGAUCCAACGGCUCUCAGCUGCCCGUGCCCUUCAACGCCUGGUCCUCCUUCUUCUCCUCCCCCGGUGCUCCCACUGGCACCGCUGCUGCCCCUGCCCCUGCCACUUCAACUUCCACCGCCCCUGCUUCUUCCCCCCCUGCUUCACUUUCUUCUGACACCACUCACAUUCUCGACUUUGUCUCCUCCCCCUCCUACACUCUCUUCUUCUCUUACUUUGAUCAGACCCUCUCCUUCCCCCACCUCUCCCCCUGCUUCCAGGCACCCCCCUCGGCCACCUCCAAACCCCUCUCCUCCCCCCCGUCCCCCUCCAAAUCCUUCUCCCCCUCCCCGCCCCCCUCCAAGCCCCCCCAAACCCCCUUCUCCUCCCCCUCGCCCUCCCCCGAACCCCCCACCAAAGCCCCCCUCACCACCACCCCCCAAACCCCCGUCUCCCCCACCUCGCCCCCCGCCCAACCCUCCCCCGAACCCACCCCCUCCGAAGCCCCCAUCCCCUCCCCCUCGCCCUCCCCCACGCCCACCCCCGAGUCCCCCACGCCCGCCCCCACCCCCCAGGCCUCCUUCCCCCCCGCCUCGCCCUCCCCCACGCCCGCCCCCAAGUCCCCCACGUCCGCCCCCACCCCCCAGGCCUCCUUCCCCCCCGCCUCGCCCUCCCCCACGCCCGCCCCCAAGUCCUCCACGCCCGCCCCCACCCCCCAGGCCUCCUUCCCCCCCGCCUCGCCCUCCCCCCCGCCCUCCCCCAAGCCCGCCCAAGGUUGUCUAGGACGCUCCGCUUACAUCGCCACGUCCAUUGGCAAAGGCAUCUGGGCUAUGGCGUUUGCUGAGAGUCACAAAUUCAGAUGUGUGACUCACCUCACGUUGAAGCGGCUUUUGAGUCGGGCAACACUAUGGAUGGAUGAGGGGCCUUGGUGGCCUCAGAAGUCAGCGGAAAAAGGCUGA